AUGGCCUACCGCGCACCCGUCUCCUCUCUCUUCUCCUCGCUCAGCGCGCAGGCAGGCGCAUCGCUGCAGCCUUCUGCGCCGCCGCCGCCCGGGCUGGCAGCCGCCGAGGCACGCACGCUCUCGCUGCUCGCUACGCUGCAUGCUGCGUCGGCUGCGAGGAGCGCACUCGCAGCUGCGGGACCGGGCACCGUCGCGAUUGCCGCAUGCAUCGCUUGUGAGAGCGCCGCCAGCACGCCUCGCAGUGUGCGCUUCGGUCCGAGCGACGCCGACGAGGAGCCGCAGACGCCCUCGCGCGGCGCCGCGGCAAAGACGCUCUUCGCACCGCUGCCGCACACGCCGUCACGCGGCUCGCGUCUGCGUCCGACCGAGGAGCUCGACGAUGACGAGUCGCGCGACAUCGACGAGCCGCAAUUGGCUCCUCCAGCCGACGACGGCGAGCGCGAGUAUGCAUUUGCACUGUAUCCGCGCCUGCGCGAGGCCUGGAUCGAUGAUGGGCUGGACGCUCGCAUCGAGCACUGGAAGGCGCGCCUGGCGAGCUCACGUACGCUCGAGGAGGGAGAAUGGGGCGCUGAUGGGUGGGGAACCCUGCCGCUGGCGAGUUAA